AUGUCUCAUCACAGCGAUGCUUACCAACUGCAUAAAGUGGAUAAAGAUGUGCAGCUGACAAUCAAUCGUUUUGCAACUGACCCAGGUGGUGAGCAUGUGGAAUCUGGCUAUGGAGCUGCCUCGAGCACGGGCGCAAAUGGACAAACCAUUGAGAGCGUGACGCGAGUUCGGAGGCUGUUCAGCUUCUCCCAGAUCUUUGCCUUUUCUCUGACCUUUAUGAGCACGUGGGAGGGAAUGAAUACGAAUAUGUUUUUUGCGCUCUACAACGGAGGUCCUCAGACGUUUGCGUGGAGCGUCCUGAUUGUCUAUUUUGGGGCCAUCGCACAGGCAGCAUCCAUUGCCGAGAUGGCAUCGACCAUUCCCAUAGCUGGCGCCCAAUAUCACUGGACAUACAACCUGGCUCCGUCGAGUAUGAAACGAUUUAUCACCUGGAUGCAGGGCUGGAUGACGUGGUUUGGAUGGGUUUCGUUGCUCGCCGGCAUUGCAAACAUUACCGCCAUCAUCCUGCAGCAGCUGGCAAUACUCAAUCAUCCGAGUUACGUCCCUGAAACUUGGCACAUCACGCUUAUCAUGAUCGCGAUCCUGUUUAUUCAGGGCCUGAUUAAUUCCUUCGGUGCGACUUUUGCCCUUGUACCAUGGCUCGAGCUUGUGGCUGGAAUCCUCCAUGUCUGUCUUUUUGUCCUGUUCCUGGUCGUCCUGGUCGUCCUGGGCGGCCACCACAGCGCCAAGUACAUUUUCUUGGAACAGUCCGUGUCUUCAGGCUGGUCCAACACUUAUGUUGCGUGGAAUUUGGGGAUGCUCACCUGUGCGUGGAGUUUCACCGGCUUUGACGAUUCCUGCCAUCUCAGCGAGGAAACAAAGAAAGCUCCCCAGGCGGUGCCACGAGCAACGUUCUGGUCUAUUGCCAUGAACGGUGUGCUCGCAUAUGCCAUGGUGAUCGCCAUCCUCAGUGCCAUGGGGCCCAUCGACGAAGUGCUCAGCUCGGGGUUUCCCAUCAUCACCAUCCUCCUCCAGGUGACAGGUUCUGUCAAAGCAACCACUGCCAUGGUCUGUGGACUGUUUGUUAUUUCGUUCUGUGUCAACAUAGCAUCCAUUGCCUCAGUGUCGCGGCUCACCUGGGCCUGGUCUCGGGAUGGAGGCCUACCUCGCUGGUUUGCGCUUGUGGACUCGACCCACCGCGUACCUAUACGAUCCAUCUGGCUCUCACUCGUCGUGGUUAUGCUACUGUCACUACUGAACAUUGGCUCCACCACCGCCUUUGGAGCUAUCACUGCGCUGUCGUCCUUGGCGCUCUACUUUUCCUACGGGACAGCGAUCUCGGCAAUGUUGUUGGCGCGCUGGACCGCGUCGCAUGGUGGGAAGGCUCUUGAGCUGGGUGGAUGGAGCCUGGGCCAGUACGGAGUUUACGUCAACAGCUUCGCGCUCGUUUAUACGCUGUACAUCAUGGUGUUCUUGCCGAUUCCGAGUACGCUGCCGGUGACCGCCUCGAACAUGAACUAUGCCGGUCCGAUAUUCCUCUUCGUGUUCUUCUUCGCCAUUGGACUGUGGUUCUUACGUGCGCGGAAGCACUGGCCAGGUCCUAAUGUUGCCGUCAUCGACUUUGUCAAAGCGCAGGAGUAG